AUGCGUAAACAUCCAGAGCUACAGAGUGGAAAGUUUUCUGCAACGUUUACUUUUAAACAUACUCAAAAAUUAUGGGAAGAAAUAACAACGGAACUGCAUCAAAUACCUGGUGCAGUAAAAGACUGGAAACAAUGGCGAAAGACUUGGCAAGACAUGCGAAGUUCCACUAAAGCCAAAAGUGCUUCAAUCAAGAACCAUGCGAAACAAACUGGCGGAGGACCUGUAUCAAGUCAGGAUGGUGCAGGAAUCAAAUGUGCAAUUUGUAAACAAUUUUUCGUAUUGCAUUAUAAUAUUUCUAUUUCUUUGAGUCUAUCUUUCUUAUGGUUAGACAUCAAUGACGGCGAGUGUAUAAUUGGCAUUCUUUUGCAGAAUUGGUCUGACGAUUUACAUAUAUAUGACGUAAGUAAUAGCGAAGAAGGAGAAAGUUAUCCUACAAAUAACAAUCAAGAGAUAACGCAUUCUGUGCCACUGUCUCCUCAAAAUGAUCAAUGCCAAUUAGAAACGCCAAUCACUGCAACUGUCAACAAUACAUCACACAUUCCUGUAACGCCAACUUCAAACUCGGUUUCCAUAAAAAAAGGUGUUAAAAGAACUGCUGCGCAAAGAUAUGACAAAUCAAUAGAACAAACUGAAAAGUUAGCUGAAAUUUCGCAGGAAGAUAGCAAGAUGCGAAAAUCGUAUUACGCAGAAAAAUUAAAACUUUAUAAGAUGGAAUUAGCUCUGAAAGAAAGAGAUGUCAUUGCCAAAGAAAAUAUAUGCACAUUGCUGGAGCAACUGACGAAAAAAGACAUUUAACGACUGAUACAUGAAUGUU